GAUUCCACUCUCAUAAUAUGACAUGUUUCAAAUAAAUUAUGCAAUGCGCGAAAUCAAAUUUAAUCGAACCUCAAUACAACCCCCGGAUCUAUAGAAACAUUGGUCUAAAACCAGCCACGUGAUUUCAAAAUGUAUGUGGGGUAAACUUCCCACCAAAAAUUGCCAAAAUUACUAAUCAUUUUCAAUCCCAACUACCUCUCUUCUUUAAACUUUCACCUACUUAACUCCCUUACUUUCAUUUUCCAACAAACUCCAUAUUCAUAUAAAUCACCUAUCUUCUCCAAAACACUCUCAAAAUUCCAAAUAUUUUUCUAUCUCAAUGGCUCUAUUUUUAAUUUUAAUUUCCAUUGCCAUAAUUUUCCUAGCUUACAAACUCUACCACAAAUUACAAUACAAAUUACCUCCAGGACCACGACCAUUACCAGUAGUAGGAAAUCUCUAUGACAUUCAACCGGUGCGAUUCCGGUGUUUCGCUGAUUGGGCUAAUAAAUAUGGUCCAAUAUUCUCAGUGUACUUUGGUUCACAAUUAAAUGUUGUAGUAACAACAGCUGAAUUAGCUAAACAAGUGUUGAAAGAAAAUGAUCAUAACUUAGCAGAUAGAUUUAGGACAAGGCCUGCUAAUAAUUUGAGUAGAAAUGGAAUGGAUUUGAUUUGGGCAGAUUAUGGUCCUCAUUAUGUGAAAGUGAGAAAGCUUUGUAAUUUAGAGCUUUUUACUCCAAAGAGACUUGAAGCUCUUAGGCCUAUUAGAGAAGAUGAAGUUACUGCUAUGGUUGGAAAUAUUUACAAGGAUUGUACUAAGCCUGAUAACGCGGGUAAAAGCCUGUUGAUGAGAGAGUACUUAGGAUCAGUAGCGUUCAACAACAUUACAAGGUUAACAUUUGGUAAAAGGUUCAUGAACUCAGCAGGUGAGAUUGAUGAACAAGGUCAAGAAUUCAAGGGCAUUGUAUCUAAUGGCAUCAAAAUCGGAGGAAAACUUCCCUUGGCUGAGUAUGUUCCAUGGCUCCGUUGGUUCUUCUCAAUGGAAAAUGAGGCUCUUGUAAAACACUCUGAACGUAGAGACCGGUUAACAAGAAUUAUCAUGGAAGAACACACUUUGGCUCGCAAGAAAACUGGUGAUACUAAGCAACAUUUCGUCGAUGCCUUGCUUACUCUUCAGAAGCAGUAUGAUCUUAGCGAUGACACUGUAAUCGGCCUCCUUUGGGAUAUGAUAACAGCAGGAAUGGACACAACGACGAUAACAGUAGAAUGGGCAAUGGCAGAGCUAGUUAGGAAUCCAAGGGUGCAACAAAAGGCUCAAGAAGAGCUUGAUAAGGUAAUCGGAUCGGACCGGAUAAUGUCAGAAACCGAUUUCUCGAAACUUCCUUACCUUCAAUGUGUAGCCAAAGAGGCUCUAAGGUUGCACCCUCCAACUCCCUUAAUGCUUCCACACAAGGCGAGCGCCAGUGUCAAAAUAGGCGGUUAUGAAAUUCCUAAAGGAUCCAUCAUGCACGUGAAUGUUUGGGCUGUCGCUCGUGACCCAGCAGUGUGGAAGGACCCUUUGGAAUUCAGACCAGAACGCUUCCUCGAGGAAGAUGUUGACAUGAAGGGACAUGACUAUCGGCUACUUCCUUUUGGUGCAGGGAGGCGGAUUUGCCCUGGUGCACAACUUGCUAUCAACUUGGUCACGUCUAUGUUGGGUCAUUUGUUGCAUCACUUCACGUGGUCUCCUCCCGCGGGUGCUAAUCCAGAGGAUAUCGACUUGACAGAGAGCCCCGGAACAGUUACUUACAUGAAAAAUCCAAUACAAGCUAUCCCAACUCCAAGAUUGCCUGCACACUUGUAUGAACGUGUGCCAGUGGAUAUGUAACAAUCUUGUUCUUUUUCAUCUUGGGGCAUUUUAACGUUUGUUUAAAAUUCAUAUCAGAAGCUCUUGUUGUGUUUGGCUUAUAUAUUUUCAUGUGAUGAUUAGAAGACAAUGAAUGAAAUGAUGCUGUUUAAGUUCUUUGAUAAAUGCAUUUAUAUUUCGGAUAAA